AUGGGUUUCCACCUCCGCCGACGGCUGGAGCUCCGCUCUGAGGGAAACGAAUUCAGCAGAGAUGGGAGCAGAGUAUCGAACAAAGAUCUGGAUCCAGUGCCACUGGACUCGCCGCAGCGGACAUGGGGGUGGCCCAGCCUUCUGGGGUUCUGGAUUGCAGAGGCAUUUUCCAUCUCGAUGUAUCAGGGCCUCAACCCAGGCCUGGCCAUCCUGGCCGUCUUCAUCGGGCACUGCCUCGUCUGCGUGCCAGCCAUGCUCGACGGCUAUGUCGGCUGUGUGCUGGGAAUCAACUUUCCCGUACUGACCCGGGCCUCCUUCGGCAUGCGAGGCUCUUACCUCGCCGUCUUCCUUCGCGGCGUGGUCGCGUGCAUCUGGUUCGGCACGCAGUCCUUCCAGGGAGGACAGUGCCUUGCAGUUAUGAUCUCGGCCAUCUGGCCGCAGUUCAACAACUUCCCCAACCGCCUGCCCGCGUCCGCUCACGUCACGAGCUCGGAGCUGUUGUGUUUCUUCCUCUUUAUAGUGAUCCAGCUGCCGUUGCUGUGGUUGCAUGUGAGCAGCCUGCGCUACAUGUUCAUGGCCAAGACGAUCAUUAUGCCUGUUUUUGGCCUGGCACUAUUCAUCUGGGCGCUCGUUGCAGCCCAGGGCUUCGGUCCAACCUUCUCCAAGCCCACUCAUAUCAAAGACGGCACCCCGGUCGUGGUAGUCUUCUUCCAGUGCGUCACCUCCGCCAUCGGACCCAAGGCUACCCUCGCCCUCAACAUGCCUGACUUUACACGCUACGCGAAAUCCUCCCGACACGUGCUCUGGGCCCAAGCCGUAGGCCUCAUCGUCCUCGUCACCCUCUGUGGUGUCCUCGGCGCCACUGUCUCAUCAGCGUCCGAGGUCAUCUACGGCCGGGUAACAUGGAACCCGCUCGAGGUCGCAAGGCUGUGGGAUAACCGCGCCGCACAAUUCUUUGCGGCAUUAUGCUGGGCCUUUGCUGUGAUCGGGACCAAUAUCAGCGCAAAUUCCGUGAGCUUUGGGAAUGACCUGAGCUUGUGGUUUCCGCGGUACAUCAACAAUCGGCGUGGCCACUACGUCUGUGCCCUUCUGGGCGUCUGCGCCGUGCCGUGGUAUAUUCAGUAUAGCGCGGCAUCCUUCUCCUCCUUCCUUGGUGGUUACUCACUCUUCCUGGGCUCUGUUGCGGGCAUCAUCGUCUGCGACUACUGGAUAUGUCGGGCCAGGAGUUUGAGGAUCUCCUCACUAUACGACCCCAAAGGCACCCAUUACUACAUCAUGGGCUUCAACCCGCGCGCCCUAAUCGCGUUCAUAUUUGGAAUCGUGCCAAACAUGCCUGGGCUUGCCGCGGCCUGCGGUGUCAGGGGAAUUCCUAAAGGCGCAGUAUACCUAUACAGCCUCAGCUGGCUUGUGAGCAUCCUAGUUUCGGGAUCCACCUACUGGCUGUGCUGGAGAAUAUGGCCUUUCCCUAUCGAUCAGAAGCACGAGGUAAUUAUUGACGGCCAGACGACACAAGACCACGCCUCUCUUCACGGAGGUGACCAAAAGGACAUCGACUUUGGCACGCACGCGGUUCCAUGA